AUGAAUUAUUUUAUCAGAAGGUCACGAUCACUCGAUUUAAGCUUAAUUCCCAGAGAAAGUUAUCUUUCACGAUGGUCACGCGAAAGUACGCCCGUAGACUCGGAAGAACGAUACGUGCGCAACAUUAGACGCUCAUAUUCAACAGCUCGUGAAAUAGCAACAACCGAAGGAAUCGAAUACAGUAACCGAUCGCGUUCAUUAUAUCCACUUACGGCAAUUACUACGCCUUAUCACACCAAUAUCAGUUACUAUCAAGAGCAGUUACCCAUAAGAAAAUAUGAUAUUUUCAACGUUCGUACGUGGUCUUAUCCCAUCUACAAGUAUCUGCACAAUCGCGAUGUUGAAUCAACGCGACCUCAUACAUUUACACGUAUUUACGGAAAUACGUCAACUUACACUCCACCAAUGCUAGCAGCUGAAUCACGCAGGCUAACACAGCGUCGUAAUUACACGGGUUACACGUACAUUGGUGCAGAGCAUAGCUACAACAUUGCAUCGCGACCUUAUUCUCUCAGAAAUUAUUUCUGGCAUUCUCGUCCAUCGUAA